GGCCGCGGCGCGGACAUGCAGCUCUACAGCCCGGGCUUCAGCCACUACCCCUCGGGGGGACCCGCCGCCGCCCCCUCUCCGCCCUCCGCGGCCGCCGCCCCCUUCAAGGUCUCCUUGCAGGCUCCGGACGCCGCCGCCGAGGCCGCCGGCGCUGACUGCCUUCCCGCCGCCCCUCCGGCCCCCGAGUCCCGAGAGGCCGCCGCCGCCGCGAUGCCCGCCUUCUCCUCGUGCUUCGAGAUGGUGCCGCCGGGCGCCGCCGCCCCUGCAGCCACCGCGGCCGGCGGGUCGUGCAAGCCGCCGCUGCCCCCGCCGCCCCCGCCGCCGCCGCCGCACUACACGUCCACGGCGCAGAUGAGCGUGCGCUGCCUGGGCCCCGAGCGCCGGCCGCCCGAGCCUCCGCGCCGCUGCUCCUCGUCCGCCUGGCUCUUGGAGGAGCUGCUCAAGCCGGGCCCCGAGGCCGGCCCCCGCCCGGACGGGCCCGAGCGAAACUUCCGUCUGAGCGAGCACCAGCAGGCCCUGGCCGCCGCCAGGCCCCGCGCCGCCGCCGCCGCCGCCGAGCCCCGCGAGGGCAGCCCCCGGCGCUGGGAGGCGGCCGCGGACGAGAAGCUGGCCCUGUACCUGGCCGAGGUGGAGCGGCAGGACAAGUACCUGCGGCAGAGGAGCAAGUACCGCUUCCACAUCAUUCCCGAUGGCAACUGCCUGUACCGGGCCGUGAGCAAGGCGGUGUCGGGCGACCAGAGCCAGCACCGGGAGCUGCGCGAGCAGACCGUGCACUACAUCGCCGACCACCUGGACCACUUCGGCCCCCUCAUCGAGGGCGACGUGGGCGAGUUCAUCAUCGCCGCGGCGCAGGACGGGGCCUGGGCCGGCUACCCCGAGCUGCUGGCCAUGGGGCAGAUGCUCAACGUGAACAUCCACUUAACUACGGGAGGGCGGCUGGAGAGCCCCACGGUCUCCACCAUGAUCCACUACCUGGGCCCCGAGGACUCGCUCCGGCCUAGCAUCUGGCUGAGCUGGCUCAGUAACGGGCACUACGAUGCUGUGUUCGAUCACUCGUACCCCAACCCGGAGUAUGACAAUUGGUGCAAGCAAACACAAGUGCAGAGGAAGCGGGAUGAAGAGCUCGCCAGGUCUAUGGCCAUCUCCCUGUCCAAAAUGUACAUUGAGCAGAAUGCCUGCUCCUGAGAGGGGCAGCUGGGGGGGACGUGCUUGCUCGGUUUGCGUUUGGAAAUUUACACUGACUCUAAUCAGGGUUACAGCACUUUUUAAACUCACUAGAUUUACUGUAGGUGUGAUGCCUUAAUCAUUUGGUUGGAACAAAUUUUUUUUUUUUCCAGAGCUGAAGGUUGCAGAGCACCUGAAUGAUGUUUUAUGAUAGCCUUGAGUAGUCUUAAUGCUAUUUAUAAUUUGUUGUAUAAAGUUAGCACCACUUUAUUUGCAAGCUGAUUUUCUCAUAGUGUAUAUUUGUUUAUUCCUGGUAAUCUAUUUUCUAUAAAAAUGUAUUUUUGCACAAUAUUUUUUAAGAUUGGUGUACCUCCAUUUAUGAUGUCUCAUUUUGGCAAAUGGCUUUUGGGCAGAGACCCAGAGAAGUACUUUGUAUAAAGCUUAUUUUGUACAGAAUUUGUGUUCUUUUAUGCUAUAUGGGAUUUGAACUUUACAUUUAUUCUUUCAAAUGAAAUUGAUGUCAUUGGUGUUACCAGAUAAUUGAUCCAUUCCAUCUUGAGGAGAAGAAAUUCUUGAUUGGAAACUCUUGGAUUCUUUAAGAAAAGGAAAAGCUUUUUAAAAAAAAAAAUUGGGAAGGAAAUGAGGUAGAGGAAAAACAUUUUGUCUGAAGGGCAGAACAAGUUUGUUCUGACUGAUUGAGGUCCAUGUUCAUUGGUAUAGUGAUUCUGUACUUUGAUUACUGUGUAAAGUGGCCUCUGAUUGUCUGGUGCUCUCAGUUUUAUUUAUUUUUCAUUUGUUACAAUAGGAUUUUAACAUAGGAUAAAAUGUGGUAACAAGAUAAUAGUCUUCUGCUUUUAUAAUAAAGUGUCUCUGAUUCACCUUGGGGAUUUUGAAAUUAACAGUAUAAAUGCCCCUGACAGCAAUUAAAUUGUGACAGGAGAAUAUUAUCUUUGUACUUUGUUCCUUUGAAAUACUUUCAAGGGUAAAAUGAAAUUGUCCGGUAUUAUGUAAAGCUAUCUGAAAAGAGCUUGUAUGGUUUGCUGGGUCAAACGUUUCCAACUUAAAAGCUAUCUUGUUUCCAAUUUUAACUACUUUUAGUCAUAUUUAUUAAGUAAUGCAGUUUGUACUUUUUUAUUUUGUAAUAUUUUGUGAUUUUUUUGACUUUUUACUGUAUUUGUAUAAUAGGACUAUUCUCAGCUAAUGGAAUGAAUAAAUGCAUACUUUUAAUUUUA